AUGAGACCCGCGAAAGCGUGCGAUGCCUGCCGGUGGAGUCCCUCGUUCCCUCCCCGUGCCCAGAUAUUGACUGAUGCUUCCAGUCUGCGGAGGCGAAGAUGCGACAUUGCGGUAAACGGUGAGGGCUGUACAUACUGCACGGCCAGGGGAGAUGAGUGCUCUCGCAAGGACUCGCCGGUGGUGGCAGUUUGCCGGCCCCAGCCGAUUCCGCGAGCUCGUUCUCCAGCAUUCAGCGGCCAUGCUGCGAUCGCCGAACAGACAACCAGCAAGCUUCCGCCAAAAACAGUCUGCGUGGAACUUACUCGGCUCUACUUCGACUUCAUCCACGACAAGUUCCAUUCUUUGUUCCACCCACCGAGCAUGAUCCAGGAUGUGCUGGACGAUCGAGCACCUCUGAUCCUUCUCUACGGGAUAUUGGCCCUAUCUGCAAGGUCUGGUAUUGUUUUCGCGUGGGGAGCGGCCGCACUGACAGGAUCCAGGUUUUCAAAGAACCCUUUUUUCCAAGGCUCCGAAGCUCGUGAACGGGACCGGCAGUAUAGCGCGGAGUGCAAGCGACUUUUAAACCUCGACGACGUCUCCUUGAUCACGGUCCAAGCAUGCGUUUUGCUCGGAGCAGCGGCCAUCGCCGAAGGGAAGCCGGGGGCAGAGUCAGUCUACUAUGCGGUCGCCUGUCGGAUAACCCAGCUCCUCGAUCUACCCAACCAGUCCACAAUGAGUCCCAUUGAGAAGGAGGUUAACAUUCGAGGUCCGUCUCCGUCUCUCUCUCCCUCAACCGACGACCUCGGUGACUAA